GGCCGCUUUGGCAGGAUGGCGGCGGCGGCAGCCGCGGGUCCCGGCGCGGGCGCGGGGGUCCCGGGCGCGGGCGGCGGUGGCGGGGCUCGCGAGGGCGCGCGGGUGGCGGCGCUGUGUCUACUGUGGUACGCGCUGAGCGCGGGCGGUAACGUGGUCAACAAGGUGAUUCUCAGCGCCUUCCCGUUCCCGGUCACCGUGUCGCUGUGCCACAUCCUAGCGCUGUGCGCGGGGCUGCCGCCGCUGCUGCGCGCCUGGCGCGUGCCGCCCGCGCCGCCGGUGUCCGGUCCCGGCCCGCAUCCGGCGUCCGGCCCUCUGCUGCCGCCGCGCUUCUACCCGCGUUACGUGCUGCCGCUCGCCUUUGGCAAGUACUUCGCGUCGGUGUCGGCGCACGUCAGCAUAUGGAAGGUGCCGGUGUCCUACGCGCACACCGUCAAGGCCACCAUGCCCAUCUGGGUGGUCCUCCUGUCUCGGAUCAUCAUGAAGGAGAAACAGAGCACCAAGGUGUACCUGUCACUGGUUCCCAUCAUCAGCGGAGUCCUGCUGGCUACUGUCACAGAGCUGUCCUUCGACGUGUGGGGGCUGGUCAGCGCCUUGGCAGCCACGCUCUGCUUCUCCCUUCAGAACAUCUUCUCCAAAAAGGUGUUGAGGGACUCCAGGAUCCACCACCUGCGGUUGCUCAAUAUCCUGGGCUGCCACGCCGUGUUCUUCAUGAUCCCCACAUGGGUCCUGGUGGACCUCUCCACCUUCCUGGUCAGCAGCGACCUGGCCUAUGUGUCUCAGUGGCCCUGGACGCUACUGCUCUUGGCAGUCAGUGGCUUCUGCAACUUUGCACAGAAUGUCAUCGCCUUCAGCAUUCUCAACCUCAUCAGCCCGCUCAGCUACUCGGUGGCCAACGCCACCAAAAGGAUCAUGGUCAUCACCGUGUCCCUCAUCAUGCUGCGCAACCCAGUGACCAGCACCAAUGUCCUGGGCAUGAUGACUGCCAUCCUGGGUGUCUUUCUAUACAACAAGACCAAGUAUGACGCAAACCAGCAGGCCCGCCGCCACCUCCUCCCUGUCUCCACUUUGGACCUGAGCAGCAGAGAGCACUUGCGGAGCCCGAUGGAGAAGCCACACAAUGGUGCACUGUUCCCCCAGCAGGGUGACUUCCAGUACCGCAACAUCCUCCUCACAGACCACUUCCAGUACAGCCGCCAGGGUCACCCAAAUUCCUACACCCUCAGCCGGCACGAUGUGUAAGGGCCUGCCAGGCCAGGCCUCCUGCACCAUCUCUCUGAGCCUAGCAGCUUCAGAACAUUCUGGCAGCCUGGCUGAGCACAUGACACAUGGCACACCAUCAGGGGAGCCCUGGGUCUUGGCCCCUGUUGGAUUGUGGGAUGUGAUCACAGCACAGACAGCCACAGGCUCUAGGCAGGAGAGACAGAAACAGAUCCUGUUUUCUGCUUCGUCCCAGAGGCCACACUCUGCUGGCACACAGGGUUGUCUGCUGGAACUUAUGGUAACAACAGAGACCUGAUCCUCAGAACUGGCACCACAUUGGCUACAGUCCUAGAAGCCAGCAGAAGGUGGCAUCUGGGUUAUCAAGGAUCGGACAGCAGGGCCGUAGCCCAGAAGUAUAGAGGGCUGACACUGGUGGCAGUGCCUGUCCCCAGCAAGAGCUCCAGGGUGCCCCAAGGCAGUUGGCCACUUACAGUUAGUGCUGCCCUGGGGCAGAUCUACAGUUACCAUCAUCCAUUGGCUGUGACCAUCCUCUGCCUUGUGGGUGCCCGAGUGGGACAUAGUCCUCUGGGCCUUGGUGGCCCUUGAACUCUAGAGGAGGUGGUGGCUGCUGUUACCUCAGCUGCAUUCCAUCCUUGUGAAUGCACAGAAGGUCGGAUAGUGGCCACAGUAAUUUCCUUGAGUUUCUCUGGGGAGUAUCUCAUUAGCUAUGGGAGCUUUCGCACCGGAGUCCCAUCGGUGCUGUACCAGGGCUAGCCAGUAGAGCGGAAACUGUCUUGACUCAUUUCAAAAUAUGGGGUGUUUGUCGCUGGAACCAGUCCCUGCAGGCUCAGUGGUAGCUGGCAAUGCUGAAGGGUACUGAAGCUGCAGCCGCAAUAGCAGGAGGUGGUAUCCACACUCCGAGUACAGUGUUCUUGUCCAUGAGAAGACCACAUGUGUAUCAAGAUCUGAACUGUGUCCCAACAAGUGGGACACCAAGCAGGUCUUGUUUUUUUUAGUUAAUAAUCAAUUUGAGGCUGGGGUUGGUAGAGUGUCUGCCUAGCAUGCGGGCAGCCUUAGCUUCAGUCCCUGGCUUCACAGAUAACCAUGUGAGUGCUGCAGGCCUGCCUUCCUGGCACUCUGGAAGCAGACAGGAUGAUCUGGAGGACAAGGUCCUCAGCUACAUAGCGAGUCCCAGACCAGCCUGGGCUACAUGAGAGGCUGGCUUAAGGCUGGUGUGGCAGUGCAAGGAGAACCUGUUGGUAGGCAGAAGUGUGGAUUCUGUUAUGGGCACAGCAGGUAAAUGGCAGGGUUAGCUUGGGGUGUCGUGGGUCUUGGGGUUGGUUUGUUUAUUUGUUUUUGAGACAGGCUGGCCUUGAACUCAUGAGAUCUACCUGUCUCCACCCUCUGGAGUGCUGGGAUUAAAAGCAUGUACCAUCACGCCCAGAUGGAAUCACCCUCACUAAGGCUCACAGGCUGCCCUUUAACCCUUAGCAUUCUUUGUGCCUCUGUCUCCAUCGCUAAGCACUAAGCUGACAAGUGUGUCAUGGUGCCCCAGUCCUGAACUCCUGAUUCCUUGGGUCCCUCUGCUUUUGAUUACUUGGAGUUUUGUACUGAAGGUUAGUUUAUGACCUUAGCCUCCUGCUUGUCUGAGACUUGGCAACCACAGCCACGGGACAGUCCCCUCUGCCUUGCUUACUGGUUUGCAGAUGUUCAGACCCCACCACCACAGAGUGGGAAGGAGCACCUUGCUAAGGUGAUCAGUCAGGUUCUCCUCACUGUGGAGAUGGUCCUGAGACACCUGACACUGCAGAGGCCCCCAUGGUGCCCCUGACUCAGCACUGAACUCAGAAUGAAUUGCGUCCUUUUGGAUUUCCAUGAUGUUGCUGUAUUUUUUUUUUUUUUUCCCCAGGGAGGGAAAAGGCCCAUCUCACUUUUCUUAUGGUUUAUAUAUUAGUAAAUGGGAUAUUUAAUUCUACUCAUAGGCUUCCAGCAAGUGUGAACACUAGAAUGGAUGCGACAAUCAGGUUAGACCAGAUUUUCAGAUCAUAAGACAAAGAGCUGGGGCUGCAGCUCAGUGGGACAGUGCUUGCCUGGCACGGGUGAAGUCCUUCGUUCCAUCCUCAGCACCCCAAUGCUCAGGAUGCUGAAGCAAUUAAGAUCAGGAGUUCAGGGUAAUCUCUGGCUACAUAGUGUGUUUGAAGCCAGCCUGGGCUACACGAGACAAACAGCAAACAAAACAAGAGACCUGAUGGUCCACAGUUUACUUUGGCCCAUUCAGUCACAUUAGCCUCACACCUUGCCCCCUGCCACAUUCACCUCCCUCUACCGGUUUGUUCCAUCCCACCUCUGUUAGACAUUCAUAUUAGAGAAUUUAUGUUGCUCUCCUCAUAUACCCUUUGAAAUGGCUUGGCCAAAACACUGAUCCUGACCUACCCACCUCUUUCAUUUCACAGAAGGGUUAACUGAGACUUAAGACUUUUAUAAGUCUGUUCACUGUUACAGCACUUGGGUCUUUUUGUUAUUUAUUUCUUUGAGAUGGUGUCUGCCUUAGCCCAGGCUGGCCACAGAAUAGAAGCGCAGGCUGAUGCUGGCCAGGAGCUGCCACACGCAGCACCUUAUUUUAUAUCAUUUAUUCUACAGAAAAUUCAAAACUCCUUUGACGGAGGAAAUGAGCUAGGUGUGUUGAGGCAGGAGAGUAUUUGAGACUUGAUUUCUCUGUGUGUUUGGAGGUCUCCGAGCAGUGGGUUCUCCAUGAUCAGACCUGAGCCCCCAAACCUCAGGGUCUGAAACGGGGAAAUUGUCAUGUUCCUUGUUUUCCAUUGUCAUCAUCUUCAGGCUCCUGUGUCAUAGACUGUUCUGUGGGAAUAGCUGUGUUCACCAAAAAUAAAUGAUGAUGGUCUCUAGGA